CAAUCUAUUGGCUUCCUUGAUAAACUCAUCGAUUUGUCAAUUCGAUAUUGUGAGAGCCUUACUAGUUUUCCAAGAUCCCUCAAGUUGAGAUCUCUAGAAGAGCUUAGUCUUUCUUAUUGCGGAAGGCUGCAAAAGUUUCCUGAAAUUGAGAGUGAAAUGAAACGUUUAACAGUUCUUAAACUAGAACAGAUGAUUGCUAUAAAAGACUUACCUUCAUCUAUUGGGAAUCUUACCAGCCUUGAGGACUUAGAAAUAAUCAGUUGCUACAAAUUAAGGCAUAUCCCUAACAGCAUUCGUCAAUUGCAACAUCUAUGGUUUCUCUCUCUCAAGGGUCUCACUCUCGAGUGUCGGUCAGGUGAUCAAAGCCAAUAUCCCUCACCGUCUUCCACUACAUAAUUGUUCUCAUCAUAUUCUCCUCCAAUGAAUUCAAUAGUGUUUCCGAAACUAGAUUUGGGUAUGUUAACUACCUUCUAUUCCACUUUGGAAGUUUUAAAUUUAUCGGGAAGCAAUAUUGUUGUUAUCCUGCCUGAGUGGAUCAGAGGAUUUGUUCGAUUAUGGUUUCUUAGGUUGUGUCAUUGCGAGCAACUUAAAGAAAUCUUAGAACUUCCUCCAAAUAUAAAAGAGGUAGACGUUAGCGGAUGCAUUUCAUUGGAGAGUUUUCCUGAAGUAUCAAAUAAGUUUGAAUUUAAUAGAAGCAGCUCUUGCAAGUUAUAUUGGAUUAACUUGAGUGGAUGCCAUAAAAUGCGUGUAAAUCCUCUACGGUUCGAGGAAUGUGUAGAGGACCUGGAUGGAAAAUGUCAACUUUUGUUUCCAGGAAAUAAGAUUCCAGAUUGGGACUACCAUGGGAAGCUGAUGAAGACUCCAAAUGUUCUCGUCAUAAAUGUACGUGAUGGGAUAAAUGUUGAUUUGCUUUGUUCGGAAGAGAUUAAAGAAUUCAUUGCAUGUGCUGGUAUUCAGGGUGUUAGAAAGCACAGCGGAAAGUACCUCAAGGCCAGCUUGUAAAGUUGCUCCACAAGUUUCUCCAGAUUGACAAGAGUUUUCACUUGGUGGUAAAGCGUACUACGUAGUAUAAAACCAGAGUAACGCUUUAACAAUCCACAGCCUAAAUACUAGGGGUGCUACCCGCACCAUACGGUGCGGGGUAGGCACCCCCCCGCCCCCCGCCCCCGCAUGGGGCGGAUGGGGAAAAUCCCCCCCGUCCCCCGCCUCCGGUGUGCGGGGGCGGGGUACCCCGUCCCGCAUGACGGGGUACGGGGUGGGGGGGCAGUCCGUCCGGCCCCCCGCACCCCCCUUCUGGGCGUGCGUCCGGCGUGGCAGAGGGAGGAGGGACGGCGUGGCAGAGGGGAGGGACUCGGGAGAGAACUAGAGAACUCGUAGAGCCUCCCUCGGUCGGAGAAUAUCAUCAGCGACCUCCACGUCACAGAGAGACAAAAACGUUACUCGACUCCCUCUAUCUCUCUCUCUCUCCCCCUCUCCCUCUCAAUUUUUUCUUCAAGAAAAUACAAUCGGGAGAGCAUACUUAGUACUGAACGAAAUUGAUUAAAUUAACACUGAAGCUGAAAAAAACAUACCCAGUCUUCGUCGGCGGAAAUACUGUGGAUGGUGGAAGCUGGAAGUACUGUGGGACGUCGGUCAGGGGAAGAGAAAUAAAGUCAUUUUAAAUUCCGUUUUAUUUGGUCAAAGGACAAUCCACUUCAUCCCACGCAGUGUGUUAAACUAUGGCUGCUCCCUAGCGCACUUAUCUUCUCCAAACCCUAACCCUAGCAGGAUGCUUCCCGACGACAAUCGAGUUGUGUUUUGCUUUUAGUAGAAAUUAUAUAUAUAAUAUAUAAUAUAUAUUAUAUAUGAUACGGGGCGAGGGAAAAACGGACCGGAGGGGGUCCGUCCCCGUCCCCCGCCCCCGCAUGGGUUGCAGCUUACGGGCCGGGGGGCCCCGCCCCGGCCUGACGGUGCGGAUGCCCAGCCCCGCACUAUGCGGGGAAGGGGCGAACGGGGAGGGGCAGCGGGUAACGGGGCCCCGCUGCCCACCCCUACUAAAUACUACUUAAGAGAGCACAAAAGAGAGAGAGAGUUUUUCUUCUUGCUUCUUGCCUAUUGUGUGCUCUUGAAUCAAAGAGGGGGGAGCUAUUUAUAGCCCCCUACACAACAUGUAACACAUGGUUGUGUUAGGUAGAAUAGGGGACUAAGUGGAGUGUGUUAGGUAGAAUAGUGAGAUGAUGGGUUUGCCCAUGUGGGCGGCUCCCAUUAAUUAACAUCUCCCACUCGCACACAGUGGGCAUGACCCCAGGUCAGCAUCUCUCUAAUGUUCUCAAUCUUAUUCAUACAAGUAAAUAGGCCGUGCGACCACCAAGCAAAUCUAUAGAAAGGUGGGAGUACAUACACUAAAUCUCUCCCAGAGAAGACUAGCAUAGUAACAUCCCUAAAGUGUUUGGUUAUGUCCUAGACUCAUUUGAUCGCAUCAGUUCAAGCAUUUUCGAAACCCUCUUGAGUUUUAGGAAAAACUCAGAACAAUGCUCGACUAUCUCUAAAUCAUUUCAAUAUGUUCACAACCUUAGUCGCUACCAAUAUGUAGCGUCAUAGUUGACGUCAGCAAACACUAUUGAAGAUGCGAUAUCAAAGAAUCUUCCCUUUGCACUCAUAUCAUUCAACUUUGGUCAAACCGCUUUCCCAGCAAUGCCUCUUUAGACCGUAUUGAUCAUGGCCAUAGACAACAUGCCAAAGUAGCAGACAUCAUAACCUCCAUCUUGUGACA